AAUGACUUGAUCUAUCUAGAGGCUAAAUUAUUUGUUAAAUUUCAGGCCAAUGUGUUUUUUCUAUUCGAUAUUAAUAUUUUAGGAUUGAUACUUGGAUUUAUUUUAUUUUAAAAAAAUUGGACUUGAGUUUAAAAACAAAAUACAAAAACAUUUUAGCCAGAAUUAUUGAGAAUGGAUGAAUCCAAAGAUAAUCCGGAUGAGACAAUGUCUUUUAAAGAGAGACGGGCUAGGUUCGAAAAGAUGAGUAAGGAGGACUACAACAAUACUUCAGAUGAGAUGAUGUGUGUGAAAGAAAGGGUGGCGAUGUUCGAAAAAAGUCGUGCAACACCAAAGAAUGAAAAACGUGUUCAACGCUUGCAGUCUGAUGUUGAAGACCGUUUUAAAUUAGCAAGAGAUUCGAAAAGAACUUCAAAUCCAGAGAUGGAAACAAAGCAUUUGAAAAAAAGUUCAAAAUAUGGGCACUUAAGAGUAUUUCAAAAACCUCUCUGUUUGGUACGGAAUGAUGACAAUGUAUUGUCAAUAGUUGAAAGCGUUAUGGAAGAAAUAUCGACGAUCGAGGACACUGUUAAUAUCAUUGCAAUAGCAGGGCCGUACAGGACCGGAAAAUCCUACCUUAUGAAUAUGUUGGCUGGCGUUAAACGAGGAUUUCCUCUUGGAAAUACAACUGCCGCAACGACAAAAGGGUUGUGGGUGUGGUGUUUGGAACAUCCAGAACGAAAAGAUGAGGUUCUGAUGCUAAUUGACACAGAAGGAAUUGGCGAUGUUGAAAAGGGCGAUGAAGAGAAUGACAAUAACAUUCUUUGUCUAGCUAUACUUAUAAGUGGAACAUUUGUGUAUAACUGUAUGGGAGUUAUAAACCACGAUCUUUUGAAGAAGCUUUCGUAUCCUUUUGCAUUUACUCAUACAGAGCGACAGAAAAAGUUUUUCUUGAAAUGA